GGAGAGCCCCUAUGACCAUAAUACAUACUGCAGAUUAUAAGGUUCUAUCUCACUUGAACUCAGAGCCACUCUGCCCUGAACAUCGGAUAGAACGAAGAUGGGGAAAAAGCGGUUCUCAGGGUUCGAGGUGACCCUCAUCAUCCUGUUCCUCUUGAUGUCUGUGGUAGCCAUUACUCUCAUAGCUCUGUUUUUGACUGAAAAACGGGAGACGAAAGAAACCAUUGAAAUAUCAUGUCCCAACAUUGCGCUUGCUGAAAGAGUAGACUGUUUUCCUGAUGCUGGAGCCUCAAAGCAAAAAUGUGAGGAACGUGGAUGUUGCUGGAGCCCACAGAAUGAGAGAAAUGUUCCCUGGUGUUUCUUCUCAACCAACCAUGGAUACUCAGUGAAAUCAACGGAGCACCCAACUCCUUUUGAAAUUAAAGCCCAACUGAACAGAAUGGCCUCUCCUUCUUUAUUCGGGGCUGAUAUACAAGAGCUGUCAUUUCACGCAGAAAUGCAGUCAAACAAUCGACUCCGAUUUAAGAUCUAUGAUGCCCACAACAAGAGAUUUGAGGUCCCCCAUGAGCACAUCAGCAACAUCAACAGUAACCCAUCCAGUGCCAUCAGCAACACACUGGAGAUGACAAACGAACCCUUUGGCCUUACUGUGCGCAGGAAGGAGAACAAAAAAGUCCUGUUUGAUACUACAUUCGCCCCUCUGGUGUUUGAAGACCAAUAUCUACAGCUGUCUGCUAAGCUUCCAUCCCAUAACAUUUAUGGACUGGGAGAGCAUGUGCAUAGACAGUAUCGCCAUGACACAAACUGGAAAACUUGGCCAAUUUUCACCAGAGAUGCUUUCCCUAAUGGGGGAACCCACAACCUCUAUGGACAUUAUCCCUUCUUCCUCUGCCUGGAAGAUGAGAGUGGAAGGUCAUUCGGGGUCUUUCUCAUGAACAGCAAUGCUAUGGAGGUGACUUUGCAACCUGCUCCCGCUGUGACCUACCGAACGAUCGGAGGAGUCCUUGACUUCUACAUUCUCUUUGGAGACACACCAGAGCAAGUGGUGCAGGAGUUCCUUGAGCUCACUGGCAGGCCUGUCAUUCCUCCCUACUGGUCACUGGGUUUCCAGCUUUCUCGGUGGAACUACGGCAGCCUGGAGGAAGUCAACAACACGGUGGAGAGAAACCGUGCCGUGGACCUCCCAUAUGACAUUCAGUACACUGACAUUGACUACAUGGAAGAUAAGAAAGAUUUCACUUACGACAAAGUUAAGUUUGCUAAGUUGCCUGAGUUUGCUGACUACCUUCAUGAAAAGGGACAGAGAUACAUCCUCAUUCUGGAUCCAGCCAUAGCUACCAGUAAGAGGGUAGGAAAUGCUCCAUAUGAGUCCUACGACCGUGGGACUGCGAAAAACGCCUGGGUCACUGAGUCGGAUGGGAAUACCCAUCUGUUAGGAGAGGUGUGGCCAGGAGAGACAGUAUUCCCAGACUACACCAGCGAAAACUGCAUCAAUUGGUGGGUUGAUGAGUACGAACGUUUCUACAAGGAGAUCAAACAUGAUGCCCUCUGGAUUGACAUGAAUGAGGUGGCUAAUUUCAAGAAAGGAUCAGUUAAGGGCUGUCUUGAUAACAACCUCAACUACCCUCCCUACACUCCAAAGAUUCUGGAUGAGGUCAUGUACAGUAAGACUCUGUGUAUGGAUGCCAAGCAGGCAUGGGGGAACCACUAUGAUGUCCACAGUCUGUAUGGCUACUCUAUGGUGCUGGCUACUGAAAAAGCUCUGCAGCGGGUGUUUGGAGGAAACCGUACCCUGAUGUUGACCCGCUCGUCUUUCCCUGGUGUGGGAAAGUAUGCGGGUCACUGGCUGGGGGACAAUGCAGCCAACUGGAACGACAUAAAAUGGGCCAUCCCUGGCAUGCUAGAGUUCGGACUCUUUGGGAUUCCUUAUAUCGGAGCUGACAUCUGUGGAUUCUUUGACGACUCCAGUGAAGAGUUAUGUCGCCGCUGGAUGCAGGUGGGAGCUUUCUAUCCCUUCAGCCGGAACCACAACGCUGAAGGCUACAAGCCUCAGGAUCCAGCAGCAUAUGGCGCCGAAUCACUGCUGGUGGCAAGUUCUAAACAUUACCUAAGGAUACGCUACACACUUCUGCCUUACCUCUACACACUCUUCUACAAAGCCCACACAACAGGGGAGACUGUUGUACGUCCUGUCAUGCACGAGUUCUACUCUGACAGCAACACCUGGACAGUGGACCGCCAGUUCCUCUGGGGAAAACACCUGCUCAUCACACCUGUACUGGACCCGGGCGUGUCCACAGUGAGGGCAUAUAUCCCAGAUGCUGUAUGGUAUAACUAUGAGACGAUGGAACGACUGGAAAACCGCAGAAACUAUAUGGAUAUGUAUCUACCACCUGAAAAGCUUGGUUUACACAUCAGAGGUGGUGCAGUCCUCCCAAUACAGAAACCUGAUGUCACCACCACAUACAGUCGCCGUAACCCCAUGGGUUUGAUCAUCGCUCUUGAUGAUAACAACCAGGCAGCUGGGGAGCUAUUCUGGGAUGAUGGAGACUCUAGAGAAACAGUCCAAACAGGCAAAUACAUCCAUUACGAGUUCUCCGUUUCAAAUGGAGAACUCACAAUGCAGGUGACCCAUGCUGGCUACGAGGACCCCAACAACCUGCAGUUUGAGAACAUUACAAUCCUUGGUUUUCCUGCUCCUCCCAAAUCUGUCUCUGUGACUCAUGUUAUCACUCCAUCACAAAGCCAUGUGACUAUCUUGUCGGAAAACAACAUACAGUACGAUGAAGCCAAAAAGGUUCUAUUCCUGCGUGAUCUUUCCUUGACUCUGGGGCAGACCUAUAUGGUGCAGUGGGAACUGUGGCCGGAGGAGUACCAGCGCUUUGACUGCUAUCCAGAAAAGGAGGCCAGUGAGGCUAAGUGCACGGCCAGAGGCUGCAUAUGGGAGACAAGCAACAUAGAACGUGUCCCGUGGUGCUUCUAUCCCAAAGACUAUGGCUACACCGUUACAACAACCACAGAAAGCCCCUCAGGCAUGACUGUUGAUAUCACGCGUAACAGGAAGUACAGGAGUAGUGGUCGUCCAGGCUCACCAGACAUCGACACACUCCGUGUUGAGAUCAGUUACCACACCAGUAGCAUGUUGCAGUUCAAGAUCUGGGACCCAGCCACAGAUCGUUAUGAGGUUCCAGUGCCACUGUCAGUUCCUGAUAAUCCUGAGACUAAUGAAAGCAAGAGGCUUUAUAAAGUCCUUAUUACCCACAACCCAUUCGGAAUCCAGGUCAUAAGGAAAAGCACAGGAACCAAAAUUUGGGACUCCUCUGUGCCAGGUUUUACAUUCUCAGACAUGUUCAUCCAAGUGUCUACUCUGCUGUCAUCAGAGUAUAUCUAUGGCUUUGGGGAGACAGAGCAUCCCACCUAUAAACACAACCUCAACUAUCACACCUGGGGUAUGUUCGCCAAGGACCAGCCGCCUGGUUACAAGAUGAAUUGCUAUGGAGUGCAUCCCUUCUACAUGGGCCUUGAAAACACUACUGAUGCUCACGGUGUGCUGCUACUAAACAGCAAUGCCAUGGAUGUGACUUUUCAGCCCACUCCAGCUUUAACCUACCGAACUCUGGGAGGUAUCUUGGAUUUCUACAUGGUCAUGGGACCUACGCCUGAAAUGGUGGUGCAAGAGUACACUGCACUGAUUGGACGACCUGUUCUACCUGCUUAUUGGUCCCUUGGGUUCCAGCUCUGUCGCUAUGGUUACAAGAAUCAUCAGGAGAUAGCAGAUCUGUACGAACACAUGUUAGAAGCUGGUAUACCCUAUGAUGUGCAGUAUGCAGAUAUUGACUACAUGGAGCGUCAACUUGACUUUGUUUUGGACCCGGAGUUUACCCAACUGCCUGCCCUGGUUGAUCGCAUGAGAGAAGAGGGCAUGAGGUUCAUCUUCAUUCUGGAUCCAGCCAUUUCAGGCAAUGAGACACGCUACUACCCUGCCUUUGAGAGAGGUAAAGCAGCAGACGUCUUCAUCAAAUGGCCCGAAAACCUCAGUGAUCAAAUUGUGUGGGGGAAGGUCUGGCCAGAUUAUCCCAAUAUCACAGUAGAUGAAAGUCUAGACUGGGAUACCCAAGUAGAGUUAUACAGGUCAUACACUGCAUUCCCUGACUUCUUCCGAAAUACAACAGCAGCGUGGUGGAGACAAGAAAUCGAGGAUUUCUAUGAGAAAACCAUGAAGUUUGAUGGCCUCUGGAUUGACAUGAAUGAGCCUGCCAGUUUUGUCCAUGGCACAGUUGGAGGGAACUGUCUCGGUAAUCCACUUCUAGAGAACCCUCCCUAUAUGCCACCCCUGGAGUCUCAACACCUUGGCUUAAAUCAUAAGACUCUGUGCAUGAACAGCGAGCAAAUACUCAGCGAUGGAAAGAAAGUCAGACACUAUGAUGUCCACAACCUGUAUGGCUGGUCCCACACCAAGCCCACCUAUGAUGCCCUGCUGAAUGUGACAAAUAAAAGAGGCAUAGUGGUGACCAGGUCCACUUAUCCCUCCAGUGGAAAAUGGGCAGGACACUGGCUCGGAGACAACGUAGCCAGCUGGGACCAGCUGUACAAAUCCAUUAUAGGCAUGAUGGAGUUCAGUCUGUUUGGCAUCCCUUAUACCGGGGCUGACAUAUGUGGGUUCUUUAAUAAGGCUGACUAUGAGAUGUGUCUUCGCUGGAUGCAGCUGGGUGCCUUCUACCCAUACGCACGCAACCACAAUGGCAAGGGUAACCCGAGACAAGAUCCUGUCGCUUGGGACACCGCCUUCGCUGAAGCAUCCCGGGAUGUCCUGAACAUCCGUUACACCCUCCUGCCCUACCUUUACACACUGAUGUUUGAGGCUCACACCCAAGGAAGCACAGUAGUCAGACCACUCUUGCACGAGUUUGUGAAUGAUCCAAGAACAUGGAAUGUUGAGAAACAGUUCCUCUGGGGACCUGCCCUACUCAUCUCACCUGCCCUUGACGAGGGAGCGAGGAAUGUGGAUGGCUAUUUUCCUGAUGCACGCUGGUAUGAUUACCACACGGCCAAAUAUAUUGGAAAGCGUGGUCAAAUGGUUACGAUGCCUACACCUUUGAACCAUAUUAACCUUCAUAUCAGAGGAGGAUAUAUCUUACCAUGGCAGAAACCAGAGAACAAUACACAUUACAGUCGGAGGAAUCCUUUAGGACUGCUCGUUGCUCUGAGCGACUCUGGGACUGCUCAAGGAUCACUCUUCUGGGAUGAUGGAGAAGGAAUAGACACAGUUGAGAAAAACGAAUACCUUCUGGCCUCCUUUACAGCACAAUCGAAAACACUGUCUAGCCAGAUCAUCGCCAGUGGUCUGGUUGCUGCUGACCGGCUGACCCUGGGUGUGGUGAAGGUUUGGGGCGCAGGCAGUGUUAAAAUCACAGAGGCGAAACUGACAGACUCAAGUGGAACGCAACAUGUGCUGACCCCACAGCACAACCUUGACACUGAGGAGCUGAUUAUAGAUGCUACUUCAACAAAUGUCCCUGUGGAUCAUUCUUUUACAAUCACAUGGGGGACCGGCAUUUAAUUUUUGUGUUUUGAUGGUAAAUAUUAAAUAUACCUCUCCAUAGUGCUCCAUUGUCAUAAAUUAUUAUGAAAAAAAUAAUGUAAUGUUUAUUAAACAUGAAAUCACAGUAUUGUACUCAAAGCUAAUUGAUGAGCCUAUUUGAUGUCAUUUUUGUUGCAUGCCACAAGCUCAAUGAAUCUGUUUUAGUGUUUUGCUGUACCAUUAAACCCUAAGUAACAUCGCAUCAUACUGAAUAAAAGCAGAAAUAAUGUUAAAAUAAAUAAAUGUAACACAGCUUCUGUACAAUAAAUAAUUUUUGAUGGUAA